GCUCCCCUGCAGCUACCCUAUCUCCAGGCCUCAGGAAGGGUCAUCCCACAGCCCAACCCACAGCGGGCCCCAGCAGGUACCCCCGGGGUGAUGUGGCCAGGCGAGGGGCCGGGGCCAGACGAGGAGGGCGACGCACCUGAGCCGCACUGGGAGCUGCGGAGCGAGUGCCAUGCCCAGCAGUUCUUCGAGGCGGCGUUGGAGCUGCGCGGGCAGGGCCAGCUGGUGGAUAUGACGGUGCUGGCCGGCACCCAGCGGUACCAGGCCCAUGGCGUGGUGCUGGCCGCCGUCAGCACCUUCUUCUGCCAGCGGCUGGCAUGCAGGGCUGCCGGGGAAGUGGACGUGAGCCCACUGGCCACACCACGCGGCUGGGAGGCUGUGCUGGAUUUUGCCUAUACAGGGACCUUCACCGCCAUGCCGGGCACGGCUGGGGAGCUGGAGGCUGCAGCUCAGGCCCUGGGUGUGCCACGGGUGGUGGAGAUCUGCCAGAAGAUGGGGGGCGGGCUGGAGGGCAGGAGCCCAGAUGAGGAGCAGUGGGAGACGCUGCGGGGCAUGGAGGAGCUGUACCGAGCCGGGGUGGGCUGUGACCUGGCGCUGACCACUGAAGGAGAGACCUUCCGAGCUCACCGGGUCGCCCUGAGCUGCGGCUGUGAGUACUUCCGGGCCAUGUUCUGCAGCGGGAUGCGGGAGGCGCGCCAGGGAGCCAACCCCCUGCCCACGCUCAUGGCCCCAGCCGACCUGCGCCUGCUGCUGCCCUUUGCCUACUCGGGGACAGUGGCGGGUAGCUGGGUCGAGCUGCUGGGCGCAGCUGAGACUGCCCUGCAGUACCAGGCCUCGGGGCUGCUGGUGCUCUGCCUGGAGGCCCUGCAACAGGCACUGAGCCCGGCCCGCAGCCUGGACCUGCUGGCCUUUGCCCGCGCCUAUGACCUGCGUCCGCUGGGCACUGCCGCCCAGGCCUACGCCCUGGCCAACUUUGAUGGGGUGGCACAGUGCCCCGGCUUCCUGGCCCUGCCGCUGACCGAGCUGCUGGCCCUGCUGGGCUCAGACGAGCUCUACGUGGCCAGCGAGGUGGAGGCCUUCGAAGCUGCCCUCCGCUGGCUGGAUGCCAACCGCACCCACCGCCUGCCCCAUGCUGAGGCCAUCCUGGCCCGAGUCCGCUUCUCCCUGAUGGGCACACGGGAGCUACGCCGGGUGCGAGCCACGGACCUCCUGGCGCCGCCAGGCCGCCUCUACCAGCUGCUGGUGGCGGCAGUGGCGGGCGAGGGGCCCUGCCGCGUGCGCACCCCGGCUGGGGCCCUGGUGAUCUGCGGGGGUGAGGGGCUAGCACCCAGCCUAGCUACCCGCCGCCCCACCCGGGAGCUGUGGUUCGCCCACCGGUUCCACAGCAGUGUGGGGCUGGUCAAGCAGGUGGAGUGGAGGCGGCUAGGCCAGUUCCCAGAUGGGCCACGGUUCCGCCACGCUGCCACCGUGCUGGACAACAUGCUCUACGUGCUGGGCGGGAAGCACUACUACGGGGUGCGGGACAUGCUGGCCACGGCCUUCCGGUAUGACCCCGCGCAGGACUCCUGGCAGCGCCUGGCCGACAUGCCCAGCGCCCGCAGCUCCUUCCCGGCUGUGGGGGUGGCUGGGCGGAUUUACGCCCUGGGGGGCAUGUCUGAGGAUGCCUACUGCACAGAUGGGGUGCAGUGCUACGACCCCCCUGCCGAUGCCUGGAGGCCAUGCACCCCCCUGCCUGCCCCGCUCUGCGGCCAUGCCGCCUGCACCCUGGAUGGCGCCAUCUACGUUUCAGGGGGCUGUGAUGGCUCAAACAAGUGCCGGGCCUGGCUGCUGCAGCUGGGCCUGGGAGGCCCCUCAGCCCAGCUGGCCCCCAUGCUGGAGGAACGGGCUGGCCACAUCAUGGAGGCUCUGGGGGGGCAACUCUACGUGGCCGGGGGCCUGCGCUGGCGCGACAGGGGCUACAUCGAUCAGCUGGCCUGCGAAGUCUACAGCCCCGGCCCGGACGCCUGGGUCCGGCUGAGCCCGCUGCCCCAGGCCCACGUGGGGGGCGCCUCGGCCGUGCUGCAGGGGGAGCUUUAUGUGCUAGGCGGUUACAGCCAGGAGACCUACCGGGACACCCACCUGGUGCAUGCCUACCAGCCGGGGCGGGGGCGCUGGCUGACGCUGGGCACCCUGCCCCAGGCCUGUGCCGACCUGCGGGCCUGCGUCCUGCUGCUGCCGCCCGCCCUGCGGGGGGACCCAGCCCACCUGAUGCCCCCCCCACGGGACCGGGCAGUCCCUGGCGCCUCCACACAGGAUGGGGACCCUGCCCCUCACCGAACGGAGGACCCCUCUGAGUCCCACAUGGGACGAGAACCCCCCCUCUGAUAUCCCCAUGGGAUGGGGCCCCCUCUGACCCCACCCCCCACAGAACAGGGCACCCCUCUGAGUCCCCCAUGGGAUGAGAAACCCCCCUCUGAUAUUCCCAUGGGAUGGGGCCCCCUCUGACCCCCCCCACCAAAUGGGGGAUACCUCUGAGUCCCCCAUGGGAUGAGACCCUCCCCUGACCCCUCACCUUGCAGCCCCCAGCACCUCCACCCGGGACAGAGAGCCUGUCUCCCACAGAACGGGGACCCCCCCAUCGGGCAGGUGAGCCCCAACACCCCUCAGCGGUAUAGGGGAGCCCGAUUUCUCCACAGGGGGUGGGGAAGCCCCUCUGACAAGGACCUGACACCUCUCCUUGGGACACCCCCCGCGGACCGCUGGGGAGGGGGAGGGGGCCAGGCGGGGGGCGCU